CAGUGUUGCAGCGACCCCUUUUUAUUAAUAUACCUAUCACUUUACCUCAGAGACCAAGGACAUCAUGAAGACCAAAGAUGGUUCACUAGUCGGAUCCAUGGCCCAAUACGUAGCGACAGUCAUUAUGUAGCCUGAGGAAGCUCCGAUAAGAUAGGGAAUAUUGGAAAGUCGAAGGCAAUUGAUUCCGAAAUGGUGGGGCUCGGGAAAAGGUGGGGGCUAAACCCGAUCAACUUCAUAUAAGACGCUAGACCGCUCCAAGCACGUUAUGCAGCUCCUACAAUCCGUCUCGGUAUAUUUCUUCUCUGCUGUGCUUCAAUUUGAAUACUGGUGUUAUGGCGCAAAGCUCUCCUGCGGACCAGCCGCCUUUGCGGAUCGGUACCAGACGGUCAAACUUGGCUAUUGUCCAGGCCGAGGGUAUUCGUGAUAGCUUGCAGAGGAUUGCACCGAAUCGAUCCUAUGAGAUUGAAACACUGCACACCCUUGGUGACAAAGACAAGUCUACAGCCCUCUACAGCUUCGGCGCAAAGAGUCUGUGGACCAGCGAGUUGGAGGAAAAGCUUACCUCUGGUCAAUUGGACGUCAUCGUGCAUUGUCUGAAAGAUAUGCCAACCACACUCCCCGAGUCGUGUGAGCUCGCGACAAUCACUCUCCGCGAUGAUCCGCGUGAUGCGCUAAUUAUCAAGGCCGGUCUGCCGUACACCAGCUUACAGACGCUCCCUGAAGGUGCAGUCGUGGGCACUUCGUCAGUGCGGCGCUCGGCGCAGCUUCUCCGUCUCUACCCCCAUCUGCGCUUUGCCAAUCUGCGUGGCAACGUUGAGACCCGCUUGGCAAAGGUCGACGAUCCAGAGAGUGAGUAUACCUGUAUGAUCAUGUCUGCCGCUGGCCUGGAGCGCAUUGGCCUCAAGGGUCGCAUCAAUCAGUACCUGGGUUCCAAAGAUGGUGGCAUCUUGCACGCUGUCGGCCAGGGCGCACUUGGUUUGGAAACCCGCAAGGGAGACAGCAGUACUCAAGAGUUGCUUAAUAAGCUGGUUGAUGAAAAGUCUACUCUCGCCUGUAUUGCCGAGCGGGCCCUCCUGCGGACCCUUGAAGGUGGUUGCAGUGUCCCAAUUGGCGUUGAGACUGAGUGGGUCGAUCAAUCACAAUAUCUUCUGAGAAUGCGCGCUAUCGUGGUCAGCCUCGACGGCAUCCAAAGUGUUCAAGACACCAUUGAUGCGACAGUGCGGACCAACGAUGAAGCUACUGCAUUUGGGAAAGAGCUGGCUGCAAGGCUCAUAACAGCGGGCGCAGAUGCGAUUUUGAAAGAUAUCAACACCAACCGGCCCUCGAAGGACUGAUAAUUAGAGUAUUACUUAUAUGUAGCCUUGUAUGAAAUACCGCUCCACUCUAGACAUACAGAAAAUAGACUCCUUCGUUCACCUUCGAUCUCCGAAACUUGGCCUGUGCUUGCCUUCUUUCGGACUUGGAGCGUCUUUAAUUAACCGUGGCAUUCCACCUUGUAUCUGGGUUACCUCACUGCGGCUGUAUCGUAGCAAGUGAUCCUGGGACACUUUAUUCCACUUCCAGUUUCAUAAUUUCCUUGGAUAGUGGUCCACAAAGCAAUUUAAAUGCAGGUACCACGAAAGCACGUGACGCGGACGAUGGUGCCAGAAGAUCGAAGACGGAAUGCGAGCUGCGAACUGCGAUCAACUAUUUUUUUAUGUAUCAAAUUCGAUUUUGAGUCCGACUAUUAUCCCAGGGUUAAACCAAUCUUAUGGAGCAUAUUCC